GAGCGCUGUUGAAAAUUACGGGAGGUCGCCACGCUCGGCGACCUUGCUUUGACUUUGGAACAACGGUUUGUCGCGGCUCGGACUCGUCGAGUGGCAGCGGUGGAUCGAGUGACAUUACGUGUCUCGUUGAUAAAGGGUUAGCAAGACUCGUUGUCACGCCCGGCAAUACUCGCCUCUUCUCCAGGGACAUCGCGGUGAACCAGAUCACGAGAGAAAGCAUCAUCGCCAUGGCGCUUAACAAGCUCAGCAUCGACAAGGUGGAGUUGGCAGAUAAGAGAGUACUUAUACGAGUCGACUUCAACGUGCCACUGAAGGAGGGAAAAAUAACAAAUAAUCAAAGAAUUGUUGCUGCGCUAGACACAGUGAGGUACGCCAUUGACAAAAAGGCCAAAUCGGUCGUGUUGAUGUCUCAUCUGGGUCGACCGGAUGGUAAGAGGGAUGAAAAGUACACGUUGAAACCCGUGGCCGAGGAGCUGAAAACCUUGUUAGGAAAGGAGAUCCUGUUUCUGAACGAUUGCGUUGGAUCCGAGGUUGAGGCUGCUUGUGCCAAUCCUGCACCCGGUACCAUUAUUUUGUUGGAAAACCUAAGAUUUCACAUUGAGGAAGAGGGUAAAGGAAUAGGUCCUGAUGGAAGUAAGAUUAAAGCUGACAAGGAUAAAGUCACUGAAUUUAGAGCGUCUCUGCGAAAACUAGGAGAUGUGUACAUAAACGAUGCUUUUGGAACUGCCCAUCGUGCUCACAGUUCUAUGAUGGGAGAUGGGUUUGAUAUAAGAGCGAGUGGUUUUCUAUUGAAAAAAGAACUCGAAUACUUUGCAAAGGCUCUGGAUAAUCCAGAGAAACCAUUUUUAGCUAUUCUUGGAGGGGCUAAGAUUGCUGACAAGAUUCAGUUAAUCAACAAUCUCCUAGACAAAGUAAACGAAAUGAUUAUUGGAGGUGGUAUGGCUUACACAUUUUUAAAAGUUUCAAAAAAUAUGAAGAUUGGAAAUUCAUUAUAUGAUGAAGAGGGAGCAAAAAUUGUAAACGACUUGUUGGAUAAAGCAAAGAAAAAUAACGUUCAGAUUCACUUGCCGGUAGAUUUCGUGACCGCCGAUAAAUUUGCGGAGAACGCAGCAGUGAGUGCUGCAGAUAUCGAGAAUGGUAUACCUGAUGGAUGGAUGGGUCUCGACGUCGGCCCAAAAUCAAGAGAUUUAUUUGCAGAACCAAUUAAGAGAGCAAAAGUCAUAGUGUGGAACGGUCCAGCGGGGGUAUUUGAAUUCGAAAACUUCAGUAAGGGUACAAAGAGCUUGAUGGACAACAUCGUCGAGGCAACAACUCGAGGAACGAUCACCAUCAUCGGUGGCGGCGACACGGCGACGUGCGCGGCCAAAUGGAAAACGGAGGACAAAGUGAGUCAUGUGAGCACCGGCGGCGGCGCGAGUCUGGAACUCCUGGAGGGUAAAGUAUUACCCGGAGUCGCCGCCCUGUCUUCAUCGUAAAUCUAUCUUCGAAAUAUUGAUGUAAAGACUAUACAUUGUUCUGUGACGUUUCUUGUGCGUGUGUUCGCGCGAGUUCUAUAGAAAUUUAACGAGUAGCAUUCGAAUGUUGGGGUGAUAAGAAGUUUGCCAAAGUUGUUAAUGAGAUUAUCGUAGAAUGAAGACAUAUCCAUUUUUUGAUUCUGUGCUAUCAGUGUAAUCGCUUCUUUUAUAUUUUUUGGAAAGGCCCCAUCAUUCUUUCUCCAAUAAAUAUUGAAAUUAUAUGUUGUUAAACUCUUAGAUAUCUCGAUAGUACAAUUAUAUUAAUGUACAGUUGUAGAGAUUGUGUAUAUUACGUAAAAUGUAUUAAGACAAUAUAAAAAUUCAUCUUGUACAUUAGUUAUUAAGGAAAUAAUUGUAAAGAGACAGUCGCCGUUAUACUAAAUGUAAUCCCUGCACGGUAAAAAGUUCGCUCAUAGUUUGAACACAGACUUCGGAUUACUCUGCGAUUACUCGUGUUAAAUUGUAAAUAUUAUCUUUUAAUUUAUUUAAUAGAGAUAUAUUUUCGGUCGUCUUUAAUGUCGGAUCCUAUAUCUAUUGCGGCUUGACAUUUUUCUAUAUGUAAAAAUAUAAUUAUAAAAUAUAAUAAAUAUAAAAUUAUAUAAUAUA